AGACGAGGCUCAAUCGGAGCGUGUCAAUGGAGUUGCCGACGGAUCGAGAGGCCAAAGGGCUCUCUCCCAUGCUUCCUGGCCGAAUGUCGGAGCAGCAGGAGGCCACCAUGAAGCUUUGUUAUGCCGCCGCGGCAGGGGAUCCGGUUGCAGUGUCGGCUCUGCUGGUGGCUGGCUAUGAUGCAGAUGCCGCAGAUUAUGCAGGCAAGACCCCGUUACACAUCGCCUGCACCGUGAAUAGCACCGGCUCCAGGGAGGUGGUCAAGGUUUUGUUGGAGCAUGGCGUGCGUGUGAACCGAUUGGAUUCGCUGGGCCAGACGCCAUUGGACAUUUGCCUGCGCGCUCGGAAUUUUGAGAUGUGCCGUCUUCUGGAGGACUAUGGAGCCAAGGUUCAGAGGGAAGAGCUGGAGUUCAAGGCCCGAGAAAGCUUCUGGCUUCUGCAUCCCGAAGACAUCAAACUGCGGAAACAGAUCGGGAAGACCCUGAAGAGCGCAGUGCAUUUGGCCACCUGGCGAGGGACCAGGGUGGUGGUGAAGUGUGCCAAGUUGCACCACACCUCCGUUGUUCGAAACAUGGCAAAGUCCAAGAGUUGGGUACCAGGUCUGGAUUGCUUGUCCCCCACGGUGACCCUGGAGCUGGACGAGGAGGAGCUGAUCACAGAGGAGCUGCUGAAAGAGAUCCAGAUGUUGGCCUCGCUGCGGCACCCGGACCUUGUGCUCUUCAUGGGCGCCGUGCUGGACCCGGGCUACCCCGUGAUGUUCGUGACCGAGUUCAUGGAAGGCGGGGACCUGGAGCACCACAUGCGGCUCCAGAGGGAGAAGCACAAGGUGCAGCACUGGAGCCCGCCCUUGGAGCAGAUGCUGGAGUGGUGCCUCUCUGUGUCCAGAGCCCUGUCCUUUCUGCACAACUUCGAUACGCCCAUCAUCCACCGAGAUCUGAAGCCUUUGAACCUCCUGCUGACCAAGCACUUGGACAUCAAGGUGACGGACUUUGGCAUCAGCAAAAUGCUGAGGAACGUGGACCACAAGGCCUAUACAGCCAUGACUGGGGGAGUGGGCAGCUGGUUGUACAUGGCUCCGGAGGUUGUUCGACAUGAGGAGUAUGAUGAGAAGGUGGAUAUCUACUCUUUCGGCUUGAUCAUGUACUAUUUGAGCUCUGGGCGCCGGCCAUUUUACCAGGUGAGCCUGAACCCAAAGGUCGUGCUCCAAGAGUUCCUGGACGGCAAGGAGCCGAGGCCGGUGAUCCAGCACUGCCACGCCAAGCUGCGGAGCGUGGUCCGACAAAGUUGGCACGAGGAUCCGCAGCAGCGGCCCUCCGCAGAUGAGAUCAACACCUUCCUGGAAGAGGCCAGGCAGAAGCCGGGCCAUCGGCCCUGCUUGCUCAUGUAAUUUGCGACGCUUCUCGGAUCUGGUCCAAAUCAGAGCUUGGAGUUUGUACAGCUUAUGAAGCGGAGGUUGCCCUUUUUUUUGCAUGAACGGCGCAAGGAGACGCCGGGUCCCUCGUGAGGGAUUGCUUUGUCUUUUUCCAGCACUCACACACUGCAAAUUGUGGAGAACGAGUGAAUAUCCUGCUUGCUGCAGCUUGGCGCAAGCUUAAACAGGACCUGUGCCACGUUGCCCAACUUGAAGUCCGCGGUCAGAAUUGAUCGUACAGAAAGAUUUGGGCUGGACCGGACGGUUUCAGGGCCUGACCUGGCUCAUACGAUCCCGGCGUGGUCGCGUCGCAUCGUCUCGCUAGGCACUGUUUUCGAGGAGCCACGGACGUGUUCAGGGGAAGUCAUGCCAUGCUAGUCC